UUCAAUACUUUACUCAAUUACACUUUUUCAAACACUCACACGUGAUAGGAAACCUCGCAAACUCAUUACGGGUUAAAUAUAGGGAUUUACAUCUCCAUAGGAGCGGUUUUUAUCAGUCUGUCUGAAGCUCAAGCUUUUCGAUCAAUACAACUUUCCUUCGGUACUCUGUCAGGUUUUUAUUUUCGACGCUAAAACUAACUCUUACACCAAAUUAUUGUUAAUACGAGUAUGAAGAAAACUUCCUUCGACACACGUGGCAUAUUUCAUUUGUCGGAUGAAAAAUUUGUGAAAACCAAGCUUAAAAAACAACGAAAAAUCCAUCCGCUGGAUACCUACAAAUUCCGUAGUCCUUCAAUAUUUCCGCAACGUGUUGGUUUUGAGCAGAAUAGUGUGCCCAUUGUGUUUCAAGUGACACCCGAAACGCUACUCAAUUUAGCUGCGAGAGUAGUGGAUGCAUUGUCGUUGCCGAAUGUUCACGAUUGGACCAAUGCGGAUGUCUGCAAGUGGAUACGUCAAUAUGGUUAUCCACAAUAUCAGAAUACCUUCCGUGUGAACCUGAUUACUGGCCGUAAAUUGCUGUUGGUGGAUGCACAAGCACUCUCAGCGAUGAAUAUAAAACAAUUAUCCUUAAAUUGCUCCUUUAUACUCUCGGACCGGUGUAGCGUCUUCCAAGCUGAGAUCUAUGCUAUCGACAAAGCAGCAAAAACGAUAAGACUGAUGGACUUCCCUCCAGCAAGCCUUACCAUUUUGGUUGCUAGUCAAGGAGUCAUCAAGGCACUGGCUUCAGCGCACAUCAAUUCGAGAUAUGCUACAGAAUGAAGAAGGUCGCUUUCGCUCAUCCAACAACACAACACCGCAUUUUAUUGGGAAGUGGAGGGAAAUGAAAGAGCGGAUGAGUGUGCAAAGAAAGGCUCUGAGCUGGAUCUUCAGCGAGAGGGAGAGGACAUAAGCAUUCCUCUAAACGAACUGUACAUUGCGAUUGACUUGAGCACAUUCGCGGAAACCAAUAGAAGGUGAUCUCUGACUGCUAACUGCAGGUUUUCCAAAGCGCUAUGGACAAAACUGAAUCUUAAAGGGACAAAAUGUCUGCUUGGAUUCGGUAGAUCAACUUCUACCGUCAUCACAGGUGUUAUAA